AUGCUGCGUACGGCAUCUCGUGGUGCAUGGGUUCUCGCACUCCGAUCCCAGACCCUUGCCCGCGCGGUGCCGCAGGCGGGCCUGGACGUCGUGCCGGGGUUCGAGGAGGAGCGGGCCUCCGGGGAGAUCGAUCGCAGGCUGGGUGAGGCCGCUUCCAGUGGUGGCGCGGAGGGCGUGGCGAAGCUUGUGGAUGCCGAGGGCGGCGGUUUCUCGGAGGCCAACGUCGCCCGAGCCUUCAGGGCGUUUGCCGAGACCUUGAAGCCUGGGGCCGACUUCACGGCCGUCAGCAAGCACCCCGGCUUCCAAGUACUCAUCGACAUGGUGCUGUCUGGCAUGUCUCGGUACCCCACGGCCACCCUGGCCCAGGUCAUCUACGACUGCGGGCGCCUGGGCGUGAGCGAGGACAUGCUGCUGGACGAGGUGGCGCGGCACCUGAUGGACAAGAUCCCCGACAUGGCCCCCCCCGAGCUGGUGUCCCUGGCCAGCGGGUACGCCGGCGUGGCGCACAGCCCCAGCAUCCUGCUCUUCCAGGCCAUCAGCGAGCGGCUGAGGGAGGAGGGGGCGGGGCUGGAGGCCGAGCUGAAGACCGCCGCCAAUGAGGCGUUUGCGGAGCUGGGGUACACCGACCUGAAGCCCUUUUGA